AUGACAAGUGUGUCCCGUGGGGAGGAGGACAAGGCACCGCAGCAACGUGCUGCGUUACCAAUAGAGCGCACCCACCAGAGGUUUCUUCUUCGUCAGCUACAGUUCACGCAGCAGUACGCUGCCAUGUACCGUUGUAGAAUGGAAGCACUGCAGCCGCGCGCACUUCGGGCAGUCCGGGCGAGAGUCACUGCUUCUACUGCCGGCAAUCAAAAUGGUGCAACUGCCAAUGACUCUGCGCCACCAUUCUCGCGCGUCUUGGAGCUUGCACCGGGGCAACGUGCACUCUGCGUCGGCGUGCUGUAUAAGCAUAUGCGUUUGCUCCCCCGAUUUCUGGAUGAGUACCAGAAGGAGCUGGUCCGCAUCGAUGCUGGCGAAGACGACGAGGACGAUCAAGUUGGGGGUGUGGCGAGUAUCGCUUGCGAUGCCCCGCUAUCCGUGGGUGAUGGCGAUGCAUUUACCUCCAACGAGGAAGGUGGUGAGGGCGGCGGCGGCGGUGGCGGCGAGUCGCGGCAGCAGCCGAACACAUUAUGCACCGCGGGUGACGAGUUGUUCUUGGAGGACAUCAGCGGCCGCGUGCGGCUCGAAGGUGUCCCUGCGAACCUGUUUUGCACCGGCAUCGUUCUGGGUGUUGAGGGCUCACUGCGCGAGAAUGGUGUCCUCGCGGUGCACCGAUACGCCAUGACGGACGCGCGGGAGAUGUACGUGCCGCGAACGUUGCGCAGCGUCUCUCGGCUGCCGCCGUGCUACGUGGCAGUGGUGUGCGGCCUCGCGCUUGGUUGCCCGCAGCAGGAGCAGCAGGACCCCGAUGUGGCACGCGGCCGCACAAUGGCAGAGCUGCUUGUUGACUACCUUAGCGGCAACGUUGGCGACGCUGCCGUAACGGCCCAAGCGGCACGCAUCGCCCGCCUCGUGAUCGCCGGUAACAGCAUCGCCCCCACUGACGAGCUGCGACUGAAGAAAAAGGUGAAGCUGGACCCCUCCGAUCAUGUGCGGCUCGGCGACGACCGGCAGGGCGACGGCGUGGUCACGUCCGCGAUGCUCAUGCGCGAGUUAGACGCCGUCCUUGCCCGCAUGGCCGACACGAUUGAGAUUGAUCUCAUGCCGGGGGACCAGGACAUGUCAAACGCAUUUCAGCCGCAGCAGCCGCUACACCCGCUGCUGCUGCCGGAGUCGUCACGCCGCUCCUCCCUCAAGCUGGUGACAAACCCACAUGAGUUCAGCGUAUUCCCCGGCGAUGCCGACGACAACGGUAUUAGCAAUGACAAUGGUAAACCACCAGGAACAUCUGGUGUGAGUAAGACAAGAGAGGGUGGCACGACGUUCUUUGUUUCCUCCGGCAAUGGCCUCAACGACGUUAUUCGUGAGACGAGAUACUCUAACCGCCUCGAUGCCCUGUCGAUGCUGCUGCACUGCGGCUGUGCCUGUCCGACAGCCCCCAACACGCUCUUCAGCUACCCGUUCAAGGAGACCGACCCGUUCGUCUUCACGCGCACCCCGCACUGCUGCAUCUACUGCGACCAGCCAGAAAUGCAGUCGCGCUGGGAGCCGCUCGCGCCAUUUGUGCCAACCAGUGACGGCGCUGCGGACGAGGAGGAGGAGUUGUCAGCAGCAGCAGCAGCAGCCAAGGACGGGGCGGGGGUGCGGCUCAUCUGUGUUCCACCAUUUGCCAAGACGGGCGUAUUGGUGCUGGUGGACGUAAAUUCGCCACAGCUUGACACUACGGUCGUGAAAUUUGUCUCCGCCUCGCAUACAGUGGUGUGA